AUGCCAGGUUUGGUGUUCCUCGUUUUAUGUCUGCUAUGCAGUGGCGAUGUUGCGGUAAGCCACGAUGAACUUAAAAAUGUGGCGUACGGAAAAUACGCAUUUCAAAGUUCAGAAUGCGGCGUUCCAGGAUAUUCAGGAUCUAAGGCAGUCAAUGGUCUCUUUACAGAUCUCGCUCAUUCUGGUGCCGAGAAAACACCCUUUCUUGUGAUUGAUCUGGGGAAAAACUAUGUGAUACAGGAAAUAGAAGUCUUUGCUAGAAAGCGCUGGGAAAGGAUUGCAAUGUGGUGCACAGUCGACACAGUGGGGCGAUACGUCAAAAUACAGAUCACUUCCGGGGUCUCAAAUGUUCUCACUCCAGCAGAAGUACUUGUAUGGGGACAUCUGUAG